AUGAGAUCCUUCGCAGCCCUGACAGCCUUAUCCUGGGUCCUGCCCGCGGUGGCAGUGACGAUCAGCGAGAUCAAUGGAAACGCUUAUCUCUCGCCACUUAAAGGAGAAAGUGUUUCUGACGUGGAGGGCCUUGUAACAGCAAUAGGAGAAGAGGGGUUCUUUCUGCGCUCGACCAACCCAGACUCUGACGAUGCGACAUCUGAGUCGAUCUACGUCUAUGGAAGCAGUGCCGUUUCUGAGGUCACAGUUGGAGACGUUAUCACGCUUAGUGGUAAGGUGUCUGAGUACCGUUCCCAGGCUGCCUAUCUGUACCUAACAGAACUCACCUCGCCGUCGAGCAUUGUCGUCAAGUCAAGCGAGAAUGAGGUUGCGCCUGUUGUUAUUGGCAAAGACCGCUCGCCUCCAACAGAGAUAUACUCUGGCCUCGAUGGUGCCGAUGGGGAUGUCUAUGCUCUGCCGAACAACGCCAGCCAGAUCUCUGCGAAGAAUCCUGUUCUCGAACCUGAGCUCUACGGGAUGGACUUCUGGGAGAGUCUGAGCGGCGAGCUCGUUUCCCUCACUGGAGCGACUAUCAUUACCAAACCCAACCAGUACGGCGAUGUCUUUGUGCGAGGAGACUGGGCCGUCUCGGGCCUGAACGAGCACGGUGGAUUGACCAUGAGCGCAAAUGAUUCAAACCCCGAGGCCAUCAAAAUUGGAACUCCUCUCGACGGGACCAACAACUCCGACACCUCCAAGGUCGGAGACACCGUAGAGGACAUCACUGGCGUCGUCCAGUGGAAGUUUGGCCAGUACAUGGUCCUCCCCCUCACAGCCCUAACCGUGACGGGGUCAAACGACACAACCGCCUCCCCCUCCACCCUAACUGGCGACGGAACCUGCGAAUCUUUAAGUAUCGGCGCCUACAACGUCGAGAACCUAACCCCCAGCUCCGACCACAUCUCCAAAAUCGCCAACCACAUAGCCGACUAUCUCAAUGGCCCCGCGAUCAUGUGCCUACAGGAAGUCCAAGACAACAACGGCGCCACAGACGACGGCACCGUCACGGCAAACCUCACCCUAUCCAAACUCACAUCCCUGAUCUCCGACGCCGGCGGCCCAUCUUACAACUUCACCGAGAUCCCACCCAUCAACAACGCCGACGGCGGGGAGCCAGGUGGUAAUAUCCGCGUGGCAUACCUAUACAACCCGGCCAUUGUACGCCUGCACAAUGCUAACCCCGGCACAUCCGCCGACGCAAACGAGGUGCUAGUCUCGCAUGGGCCAGAGCUGAAAUUCAACCCUGGACUUAUCGACCCCGAAAACGAGGCUUGGGAUGCGUCGCGUAAGCCACUCGCCGCUGCCUGGGAGACGGUUGAUGGGAAGAACAAGUUCUUCACGGUUAAUGUGCACCUGUCGAGUAAGGGCGGUGGUUCGGCUAUACAGGGUGAUGCUAGACCACCCGUUAACGGUGGUGUUGAGCAACGCACCGCGCAGGCGGAAGCCGUCGCUUCCUUCGUAUCUGAGAUUCUGGCUGCCGAUGCCAACGCGAAGAUUCUAACAACAGGCGACUUCAAUGAUUUUUCCUUCGUCUCGCCGCUGGAAACGUUUGUGAAGAAGUCUGGGCUUCGUGAGCUGGACGAUAUCGUUGAGAUUCCUGCGACAGAGCGGUAUACGUACAUCUACGAUUCGAACCACCAGCAGCUGGACCACAUGUUUGUGUCGGAUGGGUUGGCCAAGAAUGCACAGCUGGAGCAUGUUCAUGUCAACACUUGGUUGAAUUAUGAUGAUGCGGCGUCGGACCAUGAUCCGUCUGUUGCGGUGUUUGAUGUUUGUGAAUGA